CAUGUUCUAUGAUAGAUCCUAAUUGGGAAGUUACAAAUAAUUCGAAUUCUAUAUUUUGUCUGUUGAAAUUACGAAAAACUGUAGUCAAGCUUGUUGAAAAUCAUUCAACCCAUCAAAUGCUGCUACUAAAACUUGAUGGCACGUUUACUACAAAUUCAAACGAAAUUUGGAAAGAAUGUGUUAGUGAAAUGAUGCAAAUUUGCAAAAACAAUGAUUUGCUUCAACUAUAG